UACUAAGAGACUGCAACAAAAUUUCGCAAUGGCUCUUCCUGCUUUGUUCACAAGCUUCGUCCCCUCCUCAAUCAGCCAUAACCAGCCCUCUCUCCUACUCUCUAGACACCCUCGGUGCUCCUCCGCCGCCGGCGCUGCCGCUUCCUCCGGCACCAGAUCUCCGACAUGUGCUAUGACGAUCGAAAAUCAAGAGAUCACGAGACGUUCGGCGAAUUGGAAACCUAAUGUAUGGGACUAUGGGUUUGUACAGUCGCUCAAGGUUGAUUACACGGAAGAGGACUAUACCGAGCAAGUCCAAAGGUUGAAGGAAGAAGUCAGGGGUCUAUUCGGUAGGGAGAUGAACCAGGUGGCCAAGCUCGAGUUCAUCGACGUGGUUCAAAGGCUAGGGCUAGGAUACCAUUUUGAGACAGAGAUCAAGAACGUUCUGAGCUCCAUCUAUAACAGCACCAAAGAUGCUCAGCUUUGGAACGAUCUCUAUGCCGCCUCUCUUCGAUUCCGGCUUCUUAGACAGCAUGGAUACAACGUACCACAAGACGUGUUCCAAAAAUUUAUGAACAAGACGGGCACAUUUGACGAAUCGCUCAACAAGGAUGCGAAGGGGCUUCUCGGUCUUUAUGAAGCUUCUUUUCAUGGAUUGGAAGGUGAAACCAUACUUGAUGAAGCGAGGAACUUUGCUUCUAAGCAUCUGAAGGAUCUAAACCCCGACAAAAUUCCCGCUAUACUAGCGAGCCACGUGAGUCAUGCAUUAGAUAUGCCGAUCCACUGGAGGCCAAACAGGUUGGAGGCUCGGUGGUUCAUGGACAUGUACGAGAAACAUCAAGACAUGAUCCCCUCUCUGCUACGAUUGGCUAAAUUGGACUUCAAUUUAGUGCAAGCAGUCCACAAGAAGGAAGUUAGCAAUAUGGCAAGGUGGUGGGUUGAUCUUGGCGCGAACAAGAUGACCUUCUUUAGGGACAGGCUAGUGGAACACUAUUUCUGGUGUUGUUCAAUGGUUUUCGAACCUCAAUAUACAGCUUUCAGAGAAAUGACGACGAAGCUCACUUGUAUGGUGACCCUUAUCGAUGACGUUUAUGAUGUGUAUGGGACGCUGGAAGAACUUGAGCUCUUAACAGAUUUCCUUGUCAGGUGGGACAUCACAGACGUCGACAAGCUUCCUCCAACAAUAAGGGACAGUUACAUGGCCUUAUACAACACGACCAAUGAAAUUGGGUAUUGGACGAUGAGAGAGCUAGGAAUCAACACCAUUCCUUACAUGCGAAAAGUGUGGGCGGAUGAAUGCAAGGCGUACAUAAAGGAGGUCAAUUGGUACAACAAGGGCAUUAAACCAACACUAAAGGAGUACAUGGACAUAUCGGUGGAUUCAAUCGGCGGGCUGAUCAUGCUGUUGGGCAGCUACUUCCUAACCACGCACAAGUUGACGGAAGAGGGAAUUGAUUACGUGUCAAAAAUCCCGAGAGUCAUGCACUGUUCUGCCAAGAUCCUUCGACUCAACAACGAUCUCAGCACCUCAUCGUAUGAAUUGGCACGAGGAGACAACUUCAAGGCGCUAGAGUGCUACAUGAACGAAAUAGGCGCUUCAGAAGAGGCCACGCGGGAACACGUCAGGAAUAUGGUGCACGAGACCUGGAAGCAGAUGAACAAAGAUGUGUUUGAGGACUACCCGUUUCCUGGGUUCGAGCCUUUCCUCGGUGCCUGUCUGAACUUGGCGCGAGCUUCUCAGUGCUUUUACCAGUAUGGAGACGGACACGGCCUUCCCGACAACGAAACCAAGGACCAUCUCGUGACGGCUUUAUUCGAACCUGUGCCCCUAGAUUAGGGAUGGAUUACUGACGAAGGGUGUCGCUGUUGGAGAGAGCCUAUAAUCUUACGUGCUUAUUAUUAGCUUUUGGGGUGGCUCCCGGAAGCUCUAUUGACGGGCGUUACACGAGCUCCAUAAAAAUUCGCCGGAGAAGCACGUGCUAUUCCGUGCUUUUUGCUGUGGCUGAUCAACGUAAUUGGAUAAUAAAUGUCCGUGGUGAUUAUCUUCA